UUAAUCACAAAAUUAACACACGUAAAGCAACAACAAUUACAACAAUUCCACAUCAAAGAGAAACAGCGAAUCAUUGUAAAGAGGAAGAAACGAAAAACGUCAUCAUUUGUCAUCGCGUUUUACGCUUUACGUUGUUCUAUCUUUCCCAUUCUCAAAUUCCAAUUGGCCAUAGACGGAAGACGACGUACUCAUUCGUCCAGUACUGGUUCGUCAGAAAUUUUGGACGGUUAAAAUAUUGUGAAAAUUAAUUAUUAACCAACACGUAAAAGUUGAUUACGGCUUGUUAAAAUAGUUUAAAAAAAUACCUAACCCUGUACAAUUGGAAAGGUGCAUUCAUAUUGCAAGUGCUAUAGAAAGAAAGUAAAAAAGCAGCAAGAGAAGAAGUGGCAAACCCAUAAGUGCAAACGAAAAUUUAGAUACUGGUCGCCAUUAACUUGCAAUAGUUGCAAGAGGAGAAAAAUAUUAGGUACUUGUACAUAGCUAGUGUCGUUUCGUGGUAUUCCCUGCCCUAUUUAGUUCGCGUUGUAUACUGUUAUCUAAAAGUCCAGCUGUGUGUGAUAUACUCCCUCGUAUGUGGUUUUAUUUGUCAUCAACACCAUCACAAUCGUUAAUGUACGCCUAAUAAAUGAAAAUUUUGUAAGAAAAAAAAAGCAAAAUAAUAACGUACUGACACUGGCCACAAAAGACGGUGUCUCGUGACAUUGCUGCACAGCUGAAAAAAGACCCAAACAAAGAAACGAAAGUUCUACGCUAACGUCAACCAUAAUUUACAUAGUGUUCACAAAAAAGGGAAAAGCGCAGUCAGACUGCCAGCAAGCAAUUAACUACGCAUUCUAUUAGGCUCAGCUUGCUUUGGAGCACUAUCUUAAACAAAAAAUAAAAAACCAAACAAAACCUGCAACUCAACAAAACAAAAAAAAUAUAAAGAAAAGAUAUUACAAAAACAAAAAUUGCAACAAAAUAAACUAAGCAUUUUACGCAAAAAACGCAAAGCCAUAAAAGUUUAAGCAAAAGUACCAUAAAAGAAAGCAAAUAAUAAACUAAACGUAGCGAAAACAAUCAAAAUGCGAAAACAAAAGGAAGACAUGCAAGUGAAUGUCGCUGGUAUACGUCGUAACAUCAAAAAUCUCGCGCACAACUAUUCCGAUGCGCAGGUUAAAGUACGCGAGGCCACCUCCAACGAUCCCUGGGGGCCAUCGGCCACGAUAAUGGCCGAAAUAGCGGAUCUCACCUAUAAUGUGGUUGCCUUCUCGGAGAUAAUGCAAAUGAUUUGGAAGCGUUUGAAUGAUCAUGGCAAGAAUUGGCGUCACGUCUUCAAAGCGCUGUUAUUGCUUGACUAUUUGAUAAAAACCGGCACAGAGAAGGUGGCGCAACAGUGCAAAGAGAAUAUAUUUGCCAUUCAAACGUUGCGUGAAUUUUCGUAUUUUGAAGAGGGCAAAGAUCAGGGUACUCAUGUGCGUGAAAAGUCCAGUCAGCUAGUGAACUUGCUGAAGGACGAUGAACGUCUGAAGAAUGAACGCGUGAAAGCACUGAAAGCGAAGGAACGCUUUGCGCAACAUCCCAGUGGUUUUGGUAGCGAUGGUUACAUUGAUGGACCGACGCAUCGUGAUAUGCCGCCUGGUUGGCAGGAAGAACCGAAGCCGGUAUCCGAACUGGAGAUGGUGCGGCCACAAACGGCGGGUGAAGAGGAACUGCAAUUGCAAUUGGCCAUGGCUAUGUCGCGUGAGGAGGCCGAGCAGGAGGAGGCGAAGCGACGCAGCGACGAUGUGCGCUUGCAACUUGCGCUAAGUCAAAGCGAACAAGAUUUCAAAGAUCAAACUGUAAAACCGACAGGGGUUAAGAAGGAGGAGCCACAAUCGCAUCUGUUGGAUUUGUUGGACAUUUCUCUUGGCGCCACUAGCAUUUCGAGUCCACCAUUAGGUGCCAUGGGUGGCACUGGCGAUCCCUGGGGCACCCCGGCACGUGCUGCUAGUCAGCUCUCCGAUCCUUGGUCGGGUACUUCAUCGCCACAAAUUGAUCCAUGGCAACCGGCGGCGUCCAUGCGUGCGGCCAAUGCAUCAGUGCCACUCGGCGCCGUUGGCGGUAUUGGCAGUAACGGUGGUGAUGCUUGGGCUCUCACACGCACACAAUCGCCGUCCGUAGCCUCGGGCUCAUCGACUGAAGGUUGGCUGCAUAGCAAUGGUGGUGGUGGUGCUGGUGCUGGUGCUGUGGGUGGUGCAGUGAUUUUAAAUGGCAAUUCCGUUGGUGCCGGUGCAAUUGGUGGCUUAGAUCCCUGGCUGUCCAAGGGUAAUGCUCUUGGUGGCGCAGCAGCAGCUGCAGCUGAAAAAGUGGAGCCAGCGGAUCCAUGGCUAACUGAGACUAGUAUUAAACCAGUGUCGUUGGCGCCGCUAGCUGCAGCGCCCACGGUUGAUCCAUGGGCGCCCAAGGCAGGUGCGGCGGCUAAUGAUGACCCAUGGAAAAAUACUGGAAUGAGUUCAGUGAAGAAGCCUUCACCUGACAUGGAUGAAUUCGAUAUAAUAACCAAUCGGAAUAAGACUGGCGAUUUAUUAACUAACAACUUGACAAGUGCUUUUAAUAAUAAUAACGCAUCACUACUCGAUGAAAUGGAUCCUUUAUCUGCAACGAAUUCUACGCUCAAUGCAACAACAACAUCAACGAAUACGAGCAAACAAAUGAAAACACCACAAUCGUUCUUAGGUGAAAAUUCGUCAUUAGUUAACUUGGAUAAUCUAAUUAAACCCGUGCAAACGCAAUCACAAGCUGGCAACGCUGCCUACAAUCCAUUUAGCGAUACUGUUAUACCACCAAAAACAAAUUUAUUCCAACAACAACAGCCUGCGGUGCCGUCCAUUAAUCAGUUAAAGCAGCAACAGCCUUUCGCUAUGACUAUGAAUCAAGAUCCUUGGGCGCCGGUCACUAAUUCCACGAACACGUCUCAGCUCACCAGAAACUUAUUUAAUGAUUACGACGAUAGCGAUGAUUUCGCUAGUAUCCAUAGCAACGAUAAUUUUCACAAUAAUUUUUUAAAUAACAAACAAGUCAGCAGCAGCGGUAACAGUAAUAUAAAACCAACUUUGCAAUAUUCAAAAAGUGAUUAUGACGUUUUCAACCCAAAAGCGUUUUCAACAACCACUGACUUCUUCACAUACAACAAUAGUAAUAAUAAUAACAAUAAGAAUGGCAAUGCUUAUAGAAGCCAACACGAUGGACCACAUCAAUUCCAAACACAAGUACAAAUUCAUAGUCAAAGUGUUGAUAAUAUAAGAAAUAUGCAAAUUGCCAGUGAUAGUGAUGCAGAACUCUUUGAUAGCGCAUCUACAACAACAUUACAUCAACCGGUGGCGAAUACUGCUCAUAGCGGUGUCUUCAGGACUACCACCAACAACAGCAAUCCUCUAAGCCUACAGCCACCACUUGCACCGCCACCACCCAUUAAUCAAUUUCAACCAUUUACUGAUUUUGGCAAUGAAGCUAAAGAAGAUUUUGAAACAUUCAACAAUACUUUCAAUAAUAGCAACAGAACUUCAAACAACAAUGGCAAUGAAACGUUCAACAAUACUUUCAUUAACAAUAGCAAUGCCUUCACUAGCGCCAGCAGCACUUUUAAUAGUAACUUUAACAACAAAUUUACCAAUACCAACAAUAGUAGCAACAAUAAUAACCAACUCUCGAACUACUCUUACGACCUAACCUCAACUCAGCAGCCAGUUGCAAAAUAUCCAACAGUGCCACUGACGUCAAGUUAUAGUAAUGCGCUAACAGCUGCUUUAGCUGAUACGCCUGGUAUUAAAAUAGCGCCUGUACAAUUGCCAAUGCCCGCAACAACAACAAUGCCAUUUAAUUAUGGCGCAUCAACCGUUGGAAAUGUCAUUGGCAGUGGUUUCGAAAGUGGUGGUGGUGGCUCAUUAUUCAAUUACGGUUUUUAUGAGGCAAAUCCGUCUAUAUUGAGUAACAACAAUAAUAGCAACAAUAUGAACAACUUUAGUAAUACCGUUAGUCAUAAUAAUGCACUAUUUUCCACAUCUUCUUCGUUGAUGGGCAACUGUAAGCUGGAAGUGAGUAACAACAAUAAUAUGCCUUGGAUGAAUCCGGAAGCAGCAUCAUCCUCGAAUCCAUUCUUAUCGUAAACUAAUCUUUUUUUUUUAAGAAUAUGCGAAAAUUUAUAUAUGGGCGGGUUUUAAAACAGCGAGCGCUACUCAGUUAGAGAAAUAAACAAUUCUUUUUUUUAUAUAUACACAUUUACGCAUAAACAAAAAAAAACAAAUAAAAAAAUAAAAAAAUUAAAAGAAAAUAUAAUUAAAAAGAGUAUAAAUUUAAUAUAAGUAUUAUAAUUGUAAUAAAUGUUGGAAAAGCUGGUUGCUAUUGAGCGAGAGAAGGGGAAAAAUAUAGGAAAUUAAAAGUGUAGGCAACUAAAGUGAUGAGAGUGUGUGUAAAAAAAAAAAUAUUAAAUUCGUGUUCCUGCAUUUGUGAAAGCAAAACUAGUGAAAAGAAAAGCUGUUUUUUUCCAAAGUAACAUAAAUUAAAAUUGGAAAGUUAUCGACUACACGCUCUCAUCACCGGUUUGUUGCACAAGCAGCAGAUCAAUAAAAUAUAAUAGAACUUCUUACACACUAUACACACACACAUACAUACAUUGAAAUAUAUGAGCCUAAGAAAUUAAGCUGUACGGAAUGCUAUAAAAAGAACUUGUAAAUUAAAGCUAAAUAUUUUUCUAAUUUCCAAUGCAAUAGAAAUUUGUAAUUGUUUAAAUAUUUUAAUCGUUGUAAUUAUUUUCUUGUAAUUUUGUUUUUAAAGCGAUAAAUAUACAUAUAACGCAAAUUAUUUUUAUAUAUACAAAACUACAUGCGUAUGUAUGAAAUUAUAACUAAAACUAAAUAAUAUUACAAAUAUGAUGUACAAUAUGCUUUGAUAUGUUGCUAUUUGCUAAGCGAAAGGGAAGGAAAUAAUUAUGUUUGUUAAUACUUCAUUAAAACCGACUGUAUAUUCGACAACCAAUGACAGCUAGAGAAAUAUCGUAAUUAUAUAAACACACAAUAAAUAUAUAUAUUUACAACAUCAUAAACCAAAAAAAAGAAACAUAAAAAAACAUAAAAAAGUAAAAAUUCUAAUUUUUAAAUUUUCAAAAAAGAAAAAAAUCCUGUAUCCGAAUAAUUUGCUAAUUACAAUUUUAUUUAAAAUGCUAAAUAUUUUACUAAUGGCUUCUAUAUAUAUUUUAUUGGUAAAAGGUAUUAACGAUUAUAUUAGAAUGUUUAUUAUUAAAAAAAACAUCUUUUUGCUCACCAACAACACACCAACUGUACAAUGCUACUCUUCAUUUUGUUAAGAUUUAUUUAGUAUAGAAAGUCGAACAAUUUUAUUGUAUGUGAAAAUUUUUGUAAAGUUUUAAGCUUGCAUUAGAAAUUUAUUGUGCAUAGAGAGGAGUUUAAAGUGUGAAAAUCCGCAGUAAAUUUUUUUGUAUGAUACAGUUUGUGAAAUCUUUAAAUAUAUAUAUAUCAAUUUUAAAUAUUUCGCAUGUAUGUCGCGCUCAAUUUCAAGCGAACUUCAUCGCGAAAAGUCUUGAGAAGAUAAAUAGUGUUCAAUACCAGAGAACUACGACCUGUUGUGCUACCAAUUUAAGCAGUUUUUUUUAUUAUUUUAAUGUCAAAAAAAGCCGAUAUCUGCAGUUUGUGAGACUUUUUUUUUAUCGUAAUUGAUUAAUAAAAACAAAAAUUUCGCUUUUCAUUUCUAUAAAUACCUACUUCAAGCACAAUGCUUAUUAUUUAAUGUAAAACGGCUGGAGUAUAAGCACUCACGUCACUUAAAAUUUUAUUUUUCAACUCAACAAUUGGCUGGUCAAGUAAAGAAAUGAAAGCAGCAACCAACUACAUACACACUCUUAAGCUUAGCGGCAAUAAAUAUACAUAAAAAAAUGAGAAAUGAGGAAACCAACUAAACUAAUAUAAUUUCUUAUUUAUUUAGAACAUACAAGAAAUAUAUACAAAACCAAAAAAAUUUUAUAAAAACCAAA